AUGGUUGACUCACAAGUCACAGACACCUCAUGCUUAGAUCGGAACCAGACCAUGUUUGCUAUGCAAGCGGAGAAUUCUCACGGUCAAACACAUAAUUUGCCACUUUCGAAGAGACAUAGAGUCAAAGUCAAAGUACCCGAAAACCUCCAAAAAGCAUUAGGUCCCGAUCCAGACAGGCAGACAGCGCCGAACGAUUUUUAA